UUGCCAAACAAACCUGCACAGCCCUCUCACUUGUUUACUGAUGAGUCGUACUUAGUGACUAGAUGGCUGCGAGAUGACCAGAGAGGGAGCGGAAGUGGAGGAAGACAUGAAAGUAGGUAGGGGCCACCAGAAGAAGCAGAAGAUUUUGGGGUGACCACGUUCCUUUCUUCACGAUAAGCCACUGCUUGCCUCAUGUUCAAACCCUUGUCAACUUGCAAUGGACUUCAAAGGCUUCAAGUAUGGAACAAAUCGUUUCAGCAUUCGUGGUCUCCUUGCAGCUAUUUCCCGUUUGUUCAAGAAAACUCCUUCCGACGCCCAGGGCGUGUUCACCCUAGGCGUUAGCAAGAACGACGUAGGAACAUGGCAGAUAAUUAUCUUGAACAACGAUAUUUCCUCCCGGUGCCAGCUUGACCGCAUGGUCUACUGCAAAUGCACCGGCGACAAAGAGCAUGAAUUUUUGCUUCUCCAUUUUCGUCAUCCCAUCCAACAGCACGCCGUCUCGAUCUUGGUUAUAGACCGCGUGCCACUGCGUACGGAUCAUACACAGAACAACAAUGGCUCGUCGAAACAGCUCAGGCAGUCAUCAUCCAUAGUCUCGCCACCAGUAUAUCCAUCCUCUACCUACGAUUCCGUCUUUACAACCCCCAGCAAAGGUGCCAUUCAAUCAUACCUACACAACACUUAUGGCCCGUACAAGAAACUAAUUGACCUCGAAUUCUCCGCCUCCGCUCGCCCAUCCGCAAUUCAAGUGACCAUGCUCUUGUCCGCUCUCAACAAGCAUUCUCCGCUAUACGACCUCUACCAACAUCAAUGCUAUUGGUACGCUCAUACUGUCUGGGAGGCACUGAAAAAACUCUUCCCUGAUUGGCGCGAGACAACGCGGUGCCAGGGACGCUCUCGUUAUCUUGGGCUCAAGAUCGAGAAGGCACAUAGUGUGGAGGUGGUUUGCGAGCAAUACCACAUCCUGUGGGCGCGCAUCGUGAAUGCGCCAGAAGAGAGGAGAAAAGCAAAGGAAGAUGAAGCUCGACAGUUGAGGAUGGAAGGUUGGGCGCAAGGUCAGGCAGAGAUUGAGCAAGCACUAGCGGAAGCGGCAAGGUAUGCAGAAGAAGUGGCGAGGCAAAAAGAAGAAGUGGCGAGGCAAAAAGAAGAAGUGGCGAGGCAAAGGGAAGAAGUGAUGAGGCAAACAGAAGAAGUGACGAGGCAAACAGAGGAAGCGAUGAGGAAAGCAGAUGAAAACACACAGCGGGUGAGGUUCUUUCCAGACUUCCGAGUGAUUACACUAUUCACUCAUCGAUUCUUGCAGGUUAUAGGAUACCAAGCAGAAAUAGACCAAAUGCGAGCAAGAAUAGCUCAGUUCGAGCGCCAGGCAGCGUGA